AUGUGGUUUUUUCUUACGGAGUUCUAUGUGGUCCCAGAGGAACCAACCUACACGAAAGUCAAUGUGGUUACAGAGGAACUAACCUCACUGAAAUUCUUUGUGGUCCAAGAGGAACCAACCUCCCCGAAAGUCAAUGUGGUUACAGAGGAACUAACCUCACUGAAGUUCUAUGUGGUCCCAGAGGAACCAACCUACACGAAAGUCAAUGUGGUUACAGAGGAACUAACCUCACUGAAAUUCUAUAAUGGUCCCAGAGGAACCAACCUACACGAAAAAGGAACCAACCUACACGAAAGUCAAUGUGGUUACAGAGGAACCAACCUCACUGAAGUUCUAUGUUCCCAGAGGAACCAACCUACACGAAAGUCAAUGUGGUUACAGAGGAACCUAACCUCACUGAAGUUCUUUGUGGUCCCAGAGGAACCAACCUCCACGAAAGUCAAUGUGGUUACAAGAGGAACUAACCUCACUGAAGUUCUAUGUGAUCCCAGAGGAACCAACCUACGAAAGUCAAGGUGCAGAGGAACUAACUCACUGUUCUAUGUGGUCCCAGAGGAACUAACCACACUCAAUGUGGUUCUAUGUGGUCCCAGAGGAAACCAACCUACACGGGAAAUUCUAUGUGGUCCCAGAGGAACCAACCUACACGAAAGUCAAUAUGGUUACAGAGGAACUAACCUCACUGAAGUUCCUGGUGUGGUCCCAGGAGGAAACCAACCUACACGAAAGUCAAUGUGGUUACAGAGGAAAUCUAAAUCAGUUUAUGGUCCCAGAGGAAGAAACAAUGUGGUUACAGAGGAACCAACCUCACUGAAGUUCUUUGUGGUCCAAGAGGAAUCAACCUACACGAAAGUCAAUGUGGUUACAGAGGAACUAACCUCACUGAAAUUCUAUGUGUGGUCCCAGAGGAACCAACCUACACGAAAGUCAAUGGUUACAGAGGAACUAACCUCACUGAAGUUCUAUGUGGUCCCCAGAGGAACCAACCUCCCCGAAAGUCAAUGUGGUUACAGAGCACCAACUUCACUGAAAUUCUGUGGUCCCAGAUGA